AAAAAAAUCUCUCCCUUGCACUUCUGAUAAACAAACAAAUAUAUAUUUUUAGUUUACCUCCUCCUUUUUUUCCUUUUUUAAUCAAGAAAAAAAAAAGUUUUUGGCUUUUUAUGAUACCCGGCGAUGCCUACGCCGGUAAGUGUAGCGCGGCAAUGCUUAACGCCAGAGGCAGCUCACGCGCUAGACGAGGCGGUGAGAGUCGCGCGACGGAGGGGACACGCGCAAACGACCUCGCUCCAUGCCGUUUCUGCUCUUCUAUCUCUCCCUUCGUCCCCGUUACGUGACGCCUGUGCACGUGCUCGUAACGCGGCUUACUCCCCUCGCCUCCAAUUCAAAGCGUUGGAGCUUUGCCUUAGCGUGUCAUUGGACCGAGUCCCCUCGAGUCAACUCAGCAACGACCCGCCCGUCUCCAACUCGCUCAUGGCCGCGAUAAAGCGGUCUCAGGCGAACCAGCGAAGGCAGCCCGAAAAUUUCCACCUUUAUCGGGAUAUGUCGCAGCAAAAUCCUUCCAGUAUCUCGUGCGUCAAAGUGGAGCUCCAACACUUGAUGUUAUCCAUCCUGGAUGACCCUGUUGUUAGUCGGGUCUUCGGCGAGGCGGGAUUUCGGAGCUCCGAAAUCAAGCUGGCAAUCAUCCGCCCCCUCCCUAAUCUCCUAAGAUACUCUCGACCACGUGGCCCACCGGUUUUUCUUUGCAAUCUAGAAAAUUCGGAUCCGGGUUAUGAAAACACCAGGUUUCCAUGUCAUGGCGGCUUCAGUUUCCCGUUCCCGGGUUUUGCAUCUUUUUAUGGAGGAGAAGAAAACUGUAGGAGAGUAGGAGAAGUUUUGGCGCGAAGGAGGAAUCCACUACUUGUUGGUGUAUGUGCAAACGAUGCACUCGCCAAUUUCACGGAUUGUUUGGACCAAAAGAAAGAUGGCUUAUUGGUUAAAGGAAUUUCGGGGUUAAACAUAAUUCGCAUCCAAAAUUAUAUUUCCAAGUGUACUACUAAUCAAGGCUUUAAUAAAGGGGAGAUGGAUUUAAAAUUUGAAGAAAUGGGUCGGGAAAUUGAAGGAUCCGGAUCCGGGUUGGUGGUGAAUUAUGGGGAUCUGAAAAAUCUUGUCAGUGACAAGAGUGAAAAAGAUGAUGAUGAUGAUGAUGAUGAUGAUGAUGACGACAAGGUUGUGCAUGAAGAUGGGAUUAGUUAUGUAGUUGGACAGUUAACGAGGUUAUUACAAGUUUAUGGAGGGAAACUCUGGUUGCUGGGAGCUGCAACAAGUUACCAGACAUAUUUGAGGUUUCUAAGUAGGUUUCCUUCAGUUGAAAAAGACUGGGAUUUGCAGAUUUUGCCUAUAACUUCGGUUAGGAAUUCAUUGGCUCAGUCUUAUCCCAAGUCCAGCUUAAUGGAGUCAUUUGUUCCAUUUGGUGGGUUCUUUGCUACACCUUCCGAGUCAAAGGGGUCCUUAAGCAGCUCGUAUCAACAUUUACCCCGCUGUCAUCUAUGCAAUGAGAAGUGUGAACAGGAAGUAAUUGCAAUUUCAAAGGGAGGUUUCAAUGUUUCCGUGGCAGAUCAGUGCCAAUCUACUUUGCCUACUUGGUUGCAGAUGACAGAGCUUGGUGCAAACAAGGGAUUAGAUUUGAAGACCAAAGAUGGGCAGUUUUUAAACACUAUGGUAGCAGGACUGCAAAAGAAGUGGGACAAUAUUUGCCAGCGCCUUCAUCACACUCAUCCUGGCCCUGAGUCAAAAACUUAUGAAGGAAGUCCUUCAUUCCCGACUGUUAUGGGCUUUCAUUUCGUGCAAGACAAGAAAGAAAAUGCUCUUGGUCAUAGUAAUGACAACAGAAAUGCACUGCCCGAUGAAAAGAUGUCUACAUCACUAUCAGAGAAUCCUUCCUCUAUAGUAUCCAAGACUAGAAAUGGAAGUGUCCUGCACAAGCUAUGGGAAAAGCCUUCCAAAGUAGGUGUUUUUGAAGCGAUUGAACCCAUAUCUCCUUGCAGUUUGUCCAAUUCAAGUGGGGGUGACGUUAGUCAAGCCUCUCCUACAUCUGUGACUUCUGUGACAACUGAUUUGGGGUUGGGUUUAUGCUCCGUUUCUUCAAGCAACACAUUGAUGAAACCUUCAAAUCAGAACCAUGCAGGGCUUGCGGAGGACUUCCCAGGUUGCCUUCCUGCAAAUGUUGAUGCUAAUAAUGGAAACAUCUCUGGCCAUCCUUCUCAGUCCUCUUCCACUUUCUCUCCUGAAUUUUGUGGAAAGCUUAAUCCAAGCAAUUUCAAGAAGCUUUUUACAGCUGUCACCAAAAGAGUUGGAUGGCAACAUGAAGCUGCAAGUGUUAUUUGCCAAACAGUGGCCAACGGGCGUGCACGAACUGAAAAAUGUCAUGGAGCCAGUCAAAGAGGUGAUAUAUGGUUGAAUUUCUGUGGACCUGAUAGGUGUGGUAAAAGAAAAAUUGCUCUUGCACUUGCAGACGUAGUCUAUGGAAGCAGAGAAAAUUUCAUCGGUAUGGAUCUAAGUUGCCAAGAUGGGGGGUUGAUGCAUACACAGUUGCUCUUCAAUUCCCAGGAAGUGAAUUAUGAUUUAAGGUUCAGAGGAAAGACUGUGGUUGACUAUAUUGCUGAGGAGUUAAGCAAAAAGCCCUUGUCAGUUGUCUUCCUUGAAAAUGUGGAUAAAGCUGAUAUUCAGGUUCAGAGCUGCUUGUGCCAAGCUAUCCGAAUUGGCAAGUUCUCAGACUCACAUGGAAGAGAAGUCAGCACCAGCAAUGCGAUAUUCGUGACAACUUCGACAUUAGCUAAGGAAACUCAAGUUGUUUGUCAUAAACAGCACACAUCUGAGGAUAAAAUAUUGGGAGCCAAGGGAUGGCCACUGCAGAUUGUGAUCAAGCAUGACGACAACAUAAUUGGCCAAGACUUGAAGUUACCUGUUACAACUAGAAAAAGCAUCUCAAAGCAGGGUUUUUUGAAUAAAAGAAAGCUGAUUGGCUCCCAUGAAACUCUGGAGCAGCAUGAGAUGAUGGAAAUUACCAAACGGGCUAACCGAACAUCAUCUUUGAAUCUAGAUUUGAACAUUCCGGCUGAAGAAAGUGAAGUGCAGGACACUGAUGAUGCAACUGUUGACAAUGACUGGGUUGAUGAGAGCCCCAUGCAUUGGUUGCAAGAUUUCUUUGGUCAAUCUGUAAAAAAUGUGGUAUUCAAGCCAUUUGAUUUUGAUGCACUUGCAGAAGAAUUAUGGGACGACAUUAACCAGAGUUUCUGCAAGUCUAUAGGUGCAGGGUGUUUGCUAGAGAUAGAGUCGAAAGCUAUGGAACAACUAGUAGCAGUUGCAUAUGUAUCUGAUGAGAAAAGGGUGGUGAGGGAUUGGGUGGAACAAGUUCUUAGCAAGGGAUUCGCAGAAGUUAAGGAAAAGUACAAGUUCAAUGCUCACACCGUCGUGAAACUUGUUCCCUACGAUGCUCUUACUUCUGAGGAGCAAACACAAGGACUAGGAGUUUGUGUUCCCCCCAAAGUUGUUCUCAAUUAAUAACUUUCUUUUUCAAAAGCCUAAUCUGGUAGUUUAGGGAAGGUGUUGUAUAAGGAUUUAGCAUCUUGCGAAGUAUGUUCAGCUUCAUAAUCCCAUAAAAUUUGGGGGCAUCUUCUCGUCUUCCAGCUUAGGUCGUGUAUUCUACCAUGUAUAAUCAAAUCUGUAGUGAGGUGUUAGUGUGAUAUGUCUAUUCUUCACAACAAAAGAAAGAAAAACAGAAAGACUUUUAGUAUUUUGCUUGGUUUGAUUGCUUAUGUAUAACCAAAGUUAAUUUGCAAAAGAAUUGAAGGAGUAUGGUGAAUGUUCAAAUA